AUAAAGGUAUUUUCAGCAAACACUAAAAGAAAAUGGCGUCCCCCAUGACAAACGUGUUUGUGGGUUCUGAAACUGGACUUCUUAAAGGAAUAAGCAUUGCUAAAGGCACAUGGAAGAAUUUAAACAAUAUAGAAACGCCAAAUAAGGCGAACGAAAUCACUUGUUUAUGCUGGGAUGAUAAGAAGGAAACUAGUCUGACUAUCGGACUUAAAAGUCAUCAAAUUGGAAAAUACGAUGUUAAAAAUCAGAUUAUUUCUGAAUUUAAACCGCUGGUACAAGGAAAAGGGGUUAAUCUUAAAUCUUUUGCUAAAUUAGAAAAUGUAAUAUUUGCCGGAUAUGACUCUGGUCAUGUAUCAAUUCAAGCUGACAAUGACACUUCUGAUGAAAUUACCAUUGGUUCACAUCUUCAGUGUUUGACAAGAAACGGAAACAUUAUUGGCACUGGUGGAAAAGAAACUUGCUUAAAAUUGUAUGACGUCAAUACUAUUGCAACAGGAACUCCAGUAUUUCAAGCCAAAAACGUGCGAAAUGACUGGCUCAAUCUAAGAGUACCUGUUUGGGUGACUGGUAUCAAUUUCAUGGAAGAAAACAAAAUAGUAACAUCUACAGGUCAUCAUCAAGUAAGGGUGUAUGAUCCAAGGGUUCAACGUAGACCAGUAUUGGAUAUGACAUUUGAUGAUUACCCUAUAACUGCAAUGUCUCUUUGCCAUGACCACCAAGUUGUUGUUGGUAAUACUAAGGGAAGUAUGGGACUUCUUGAUGUUCGAAAAGGAAAACUUGUGCAUCGGUUUAAAGGAUUUGCUGGCGGUAUAAGAUCUAUACAGUGUCAUUCAUCCCUACCAGUUGUUGCUUCCUGUGGUUUGGACAGAUUCUUUAGAGUACAUGAUAUCAAUACCAAAGAGCUGCUGCAUAAAAUGUAUCUGAAGUCAAGACUGAACUGUUUAUUAAUGACUAAAGACGAUUGGUGUGAAGAUAGUGUGGACUGUGAAAAAGUUACAGAGAAAAAUUGUAAAGCAGUAAGUAGCGAUAACGAAGAAGAUGAGGGUGAUGAUGAUGUUGAUGAUGAUCAGGUGUGGGAACAGAUGCAAGUUGUUAAAACAAGAACUCUAAAAAGAAAGAAAAUUGAUGCAGUGGAAGAAAUUGUUGACAUUAAGAAACUUCCAAAGAGGAAACGUAAAACAGCAAAAAAAUAAAAUUACAACAAUA